UUACGCGGGGAGGCGGGAGGGGAGAAACUGGAGAGGAGAGAGAGAAAAAAAAGAUGAAAAUCUUCACUUCGGUCCUCUGAGGGAAGGGUUUCAGAAGAUGGCGCGUUGUCAAGGGUGAAAAACGUGCGACCGGCAACCGAUUGAGAGCUCAGCGCCUGAUGUUGGAGCGCCUACAGGGUAACUUCACCUCCUCCUCCUCCUCUUUAUCACCACCAGCCUCCUGCGGUCCUCCCCAAACCUGCUGCCAUCUGCUCGUUUUCAGCAGAUCCGCGGUCGCCGGCUCUAGUCCUCCUUGAAUGGAUCCCGCCGUGCUCAUCUUCCUGCUCUACGUGAUGAUCGCGCACGACUUGGUCUGCGGCUUGAUGCAACACCGCAGACUGUGCGCCAGACCCAGGAAACCCGCAGCUGGACCGCUGUUGCGCUCAAGCGCCCGGGUGGGUCAGCGUCUUCUGAGGACCAGCAGCUUGUCUGCAGGUGUGAGUCCAGGAAGGAGGGACCUGAGGAAAACCGGACGAAUUGUGAGAAAAGCGUAACAAGGACACCAGCUAAUCUGACGGAAACUCAACAUACAAGCAGCUUCUGGGCUCUAAUUGUGCUCAGCGAGCUGCGAAACUCUUGGCUCAGCAAACAGUUGCUCAGCAUCAGCAACAGGAAUCACCCGUCAAAGGAGACCAUGGCAUCGGUAUCCAUCAGCUCCCGUCUCAACAAGGCGGUCCGGCAGCAGUACAUGAACCUGCCUCAGGGGGAGAAAUGCCAGGUUACGUACAUUUGGGUGGACGGCACUGGAGAGGGACUCCGCAACAAGACCAGGACCCUGGACGUAGAACCAACCAGUAUUGAAGAUAUUCCUGAAUGGAACUUCGACGGGUCGAGCACCUACCAGGCCGAAGGCUCCAACAGCGACAUGUACCUCAUCCCAGUUCGCAUGUUCAGGGAUCCCUUCACCCUGGACCCCAACAAGCUCGUCCUCUGUGAAGUCCUCAAAUACAACCGCCUGCCUGCCGAAACCAACCAUCGCCACGAAUGCAACAAAGUGAUGGAGCAGGUGAAGGAGCAACGCUUGUGGUUCGGCAUGGAGCAGGAGUACACGCUGCUGGGAACAGAUGGACAUCCCUUCAGCUGGCCCGCCCAUGGAUUCCCAGCGCCUCAAGGCCCUUAUUACUGUGGAGUGGGAGCAAACCAUGCAUACGGGCGGGACAUCGUGGAGUGCCACUACAAAGCCUGCCUCUACGCCGGGGUUAACAUCUACGGCACCAACGCUGAAGUUAUGCCGUCUCAGUGGGAGUAUCAGGUGGGCCCCUGUGAAGGCAUUGAGAUGGGCGACCACCUGUGGAUGUCACGCUUCCUGCUCCAUCGCGUGUGCGAAGACUUCGGGGUGGUCGCCACUCUGGAUCCCAAACCGAUGAAUGGCAACUGGAACGGCGCCGGUUGCCACACAAACGUCAGCACCCAGCAGAUGAGGGAAAACGACGGACUGCAGCAUAUUGAGCAGGCCAUAGACAAGCUGAGCAAAAGGCACAAAGAGCACAUCCAGGUGUACGACCCGCACGGAGGCAAAGACAACGUAAGGCGCCUGACGGGGAUGCACGAAACCGCCAACAUCAACGACUUCUCCGCCGGCGUGGCCAACCGAGGAGCCAGCAUCCGCAUCCCCCGGCAGGUGGGCAAGGACAAGAGGGGCUACUUCGAGGACCGCCGCCCUGCAGCAAACUGCGACCCGUACGCAGUGACGAUGGCCAUCACUAAAACCUGCCUCCUGGAGCAGGAGGACGAGAAGAGCCAGUAGAAGGAGUUACCUAAAUCCAAAUGCAGAUUCCGCAGCACUCAGCUGUUUUUACUCCUCUGGUGAUGUUUAUCGUUUUGUGUUGACACUUAUGCCAAUGUGACACGAUAGCUGUUGAUAGAGUCAAAUAAAUCAGACACAACGCCCA